UGGUUCUUAACCUCGCCAUGACGUCGUCGACCGACUUUUCUCAAUGUCCGCCAUUACUUUUUGACAGGAAAUCUUAGUCUUGCCCUCGACAAUUAUAUUAAUAUUUAACAAAACAUUGUCAUGUUUCAUCAUAAAACACAUCAAAAUUAGAUAUCCGCAUUAUGGAACUAAUCAUUGAUUAUUGGAAUUUUAGCGCUAGAGUUUUGUGUAUGGAAGAAAUUGUGUUAGUUAUCGAAUUAAUGUGAAAAGUGAGUACAUGUCAGAAAUGGCAGACAGACCAACUAACGUGAAUAUUGCAGUGACUUCAGCAUUUCAGGAGCUUAAAAGUACACUAAAUCGUGAUGACCUUGACCAGAGAGCUGGUUCAAAUAGUCCAAUGGCAGUGACAGAAGGUGCACCAAGGAAAAAAGGGGCGUUCAAGAUCACUAGUGUCAAACGACCCCAAGAAAUGACUAUUGAUAUUGACAGCAAUGAUGAUUUAGAUGAAACUCAUACAGAGGUAACAGAAAAUGAUUCAUCAGUUUUGGAAUCUUCGCAUGACACUGACUAUGGAGGGCAGGAAACUCCGUCCGCUGUUGAUGAUAUUCCAUCCACAAACCAAGCAAGGGAAGGUAAAGACAAUCAGUCUAGAUUUAGAGUGGUUAAAAUUGUAACAAAUGAACAUUUUAAACGUGGUCGUUGGACCUGUCAUGAUUACAUGGACCCUCAACAAUCAACAAAUGUUAAUUAUGGAGCCAGUGAACCUAAAUUUAAUGAUGAAGGAAAUUCUGGUAGCUCCAGUGCCGGAAGUUCCAUACAUUAUGUUCACGGCCUUGAUGAUCCGUCUAAGAAUCCAUUGCUUGCUGGUGCUACAGGUACAAUACAUUAUCAGAUGCACGAGGGUGUUAUAGCGGGGCAGGACUCAUUUCAGCCCAUCCACCCAGCUCCAGUCACUGCUGUCCACCAAUCGGGAAUGGUGAAUAAUCAGCAGAGUCAGAUUCCUACGAAGACGUUCAACAAUGAUGUGUCUGCUGGUUUUCCUGCCUCGUCAAUAUCCCAAUCACACUCUAACCAAAGUAUUAGCUAUGUAGCAUCAAUGAAUGAAAACAUGCAUCAUGUGUCUAGUGGACAUCCAGUUCAAAUAAGUAGUCAAGUUAUUAACCAAACCCCUAUAGAUGCUUCUUGUUCUGGCAUGUAUAUGCCACACAUGUCUGCUACAGGCAGCUCGAUAUCCAUGCAGUCAGUGUACAAUCCUGCACAGUCAUUGUCUCAAAUGCAAUCAGAACAGGGCCAGACACACAUAAACCAGAUUCAAAAUGUGGGCCAAGGGUCAUCUACAAUACAGGCUUACAGCCAUCAAAUACAGAAUCCAAAAGUUUCAAUAAGUGGUCACAAUGAGACACUGCCGUCUGAGAUUAACGCAAGCCAGCAUUCUGCUAGAGAAAAUCUCAAUGCAUUGAAGGAUCCGAUUUUUGGGCUGUCGACAGACAAGAAAAGCUCUGGUGCUGAUUUUUGCGCGCUUGACAAGAAUUUAAAUGUGUUACAAAAUGCCGACACAUUGUCACCUGCUCUGGCUGCCACUAUUGCUGAUCUGACCCCAACCGCAGAAGACAAAGGCCAAGGUGGCUCGAGCACAGUCGCCAUUGACAACAAGAUUGAGCAGGCUAUGGACCUCGUGAAGUCCCACCUGAUGUUUGCAGUGAGGGAGGAGGUUGAAGUACUAAAGGAACAGAUAGCGGAACUCAUCGAGCGCAACAACCAGCUCGAGCAUGAGAACGGUAUUCUGCGCGCGGCUGCCAGUCCAGAAACCCUCGCGAAGCUCGCGCAACCACCGCCGUCAUCAUCAUCAUGAGGGGAUGAUCAUACAAGUGAAAUAAUCAGUUUAAUCUUAUCCAUUUUCAGUCAUUGUUUUUAUUAUCCCUGAGAAAAACGUCUUAAAAACAAUGAUGCGCAGGCCGGUCCAUGUACGGAGGCUGAAGCUGUUAUUGACAUGGCAUGUUGAUCGAUCGAUGAAUGGAAGGUUGAUUCUAUUUAUGGAAGGUUGAUUGAUAAAUGGAAGGUUAAUCAAUUAAUGGAAGGUAAAUCAAUGAAUGGAAGGUUAAUCGAUUAAUGGAAGGUUAAUCGAAUGAGGAUGUGACGUGACCCCAUGGAAAGUGUCGUUGCGAGUCGGCUGUGGGUAAAAAUGAUGGCGAUUGAGAGGAGGAAAAAUGAGAAAGGAUAUUGAAUAGUAGGGGAGACAACUAUCAGAACAGUCUGGUGUCACUCUUGGGGCAUUUUGACAGAGUUGUCUUUCUUGAAAUGAGAGGGACAUUGCACCAAAACAGCUCGUGAAUGAUCUGUUGGACAAACUGAUCCUUAAAAAGCAUGAAACAGAAGAAGAAAGAGCAAGACACGGGGCGUUGGAACUCAGAAAAUAUUCCCUUCAAUUGCAUUUAGUUCAAAUAACAUUGAAAGAGUUUCAUAUGCAUAUUGUUAAUGCAGACCUGUUAAAAUUUAUAUUUCAAGAAUUAUCUUAACAUGCUUGUGUUUAUAAGAUAACUGGGAAGUAAGCAAUUCAGAAACUAAUUCAAACUGAAAUGAAACUAUUAUGAACUUGGUAACUGCUAUAAAGGACGCUUAGGAAACAUAAUGGUCCAUCAUUGAUUCAUUUCAUCCAAAUAUAUGAAGGGAUGUAGCAUAAUACAAAAUGCUAUAGGUUGUAUUAUUGUUUUCUUUAAAAUGUAUUGUUGACUUGUAGCAAGUGCAUUUUACAUCAUGAUAUCAUUAUUAAUCGCAUUUAAUUGUAUGCACUUAUCCUAGGAGUUCUUUUUCAUCGGGCAUUUUAUUGACAUCGUAAAUUAAUAUUUUAAUACAAUGAACAUAUUUAAUUCAUUGUAUAUAUAAUGUGAUGUGAAUGCAAUUUUGCAAUUUGUUACAAAAAGUUGAGUUCCGUUCCAGUGGUUGAAAUUGUUACAAUUUGUAUAAGAGAACAUGGAUAAAUAAGUCGUGAACAGGAUGAUGCAGUGACAUAACCCUUACUUAAUUAAAAAGUAAAGAUAUUAUUAUAACAAAUAAAGUUGCUUAACAAGGAAAUUUUAGAUUACAAUUUAUUAAAUUUAGAUUUUUUUUUUUCUUACUUAAUGUAAUCGCCAGUUGUAUUUUGUUUGCUGAUUUCUGUUGAAUAAAUCCAGAGUCAUUCUUGCAGAACUGGCUGUAUAGUACUAGUACUAGAUAUAUUAAGACUCAAUCUUUGAGUUGCGACUUUGUUAGUGCAUUAGCAAAGGAUUUUGAUAGUACAGUUAAGGAUUUUGACAGUACAGUUGAGCUAGAUUGUUCAUAUUUCAAUGUUCAUUGAUUUUGAAUGUUAGAAAUAUUGCUUUGAAAGCUCAUGCCAUUGAAUUUGGAACUUUUGUGAUGAAAUUUAUUGUGAUAUCAUUGACGUAAUGUAAAACAUUCUAACUGAAAAUUGUCUACCUAAUUCUGUAUUUGUUGGGUGAUGUGCUAGUAUCGUUUGAAUGUUUAUAUAUGCUAUAAACUGUUGAAAGAACUUUAAAAUUGUAUUCCUCCAAUUUAGUGUAUAUUUGUACCUUAAACAUCAUUCACAUUUUUCAAGGUAAACAAAUAUUGCCAUUUUUGUCCUAACACUUUAAUUAAAAAAAUCUUUCAAAUAUAACAUUAUGCCACUCUACUUUACUACUACUUAUUACAUAACCUGUAAAAUUUCGGCAUACCUGUGGCUUUAUUGUCAAAGCUUUUUUCUGACGCGAUCAUUUGUGUACAUAGUUUCAACAUGUUAUUGGAUUAUAAAAUUUGUGGUCACGACCUAAGUUUUGGUCAGUAUGUCGCCAGUAUUAUGAAAUGAACAGUCUGAAUGUACAAAGUUUAGAAAGAAUGAAAUGGUCUGUAAUAUAUCUGUACAUAGUGUUGUUUUUAUUUUGGGCUUCAUUUAUUUGAUUCAUGUUAAUACAAUUUUUUGCAGACUUAAAAUCAUUGUUCAUUUUAAAAGUUAGUAUGAUUGUGAAAUUUGAAUGUUUUUUUUAUAACCAAUGUCCAAAUAGUGAUGCUUCUGAACAAAGUACUGUCCCAUUAUCACUUUCCCAUUAUAUAUAUAUGUUUAGAUUGACUUACUGUUUCCGAAAAUGAACAAUUAAUGAUAUUAAGUACAGGAAAGUUGAAUAUUACAAACUGUAAAUCACCAUCGUACAAACUUGACAAUUGACCAUUUUACCAUCGGAACAAUUGACCAUUUUACCAUCUGGACAAUUGACAAAUUUACCAUCUGGAUAAUUGACCUGUUUACCAUCUGGACAAUUGACCAUUUUACCAUCUUGACAAUUGACCAUUUUACCAUCUGGAUAAUUCACAAUUUUACCAUCUGGACAAUUGACCAAAUUACAAACUGGACAAUUGACCAUUUACAAACUGGACUAUUAACCAUAUUACAAAGAGGACAACUUACCAUAUUACAAUCUAGAAUAUUGACCAACUUCAAAAUGGAGUGUAGUGCAUAUCCAAAGAUGUGGUGGCAGAUAUUGUAUUAUAAGAAUUUCUGUAUUCUUGUCUGGUCUAUUCCUUUCUUUCUGAUCUGUGUCUCAUCAAGUGGAAAUAUACUAUGCCAAGUAUUUAUUGUAUACCAAUAUAUAGUCAUAUAUGAACAAUACUACAAAUUGUUAAUUGUUGAAAUUAAGAAAGGCAAUAAAAAAAGCAAAUUAA